UUCCAAGACCAUGGAUGGAGAGAGCGAGGUGGAGGAGAAGAUGUCCAGUUUGACCGGAGAGAGGGGGGAGAGGACCCCUCCAGACUACCAGUGUUAUGUUCUAUGUGAGUCACUCCAAGGUUCCGUUGAUGACAAAGAAGACUGCCCUCUGAUGAGAGCAGUGUCGUGUAGCUGGGUGUCAAAGGUGUACCGGCUGCCUACGGAGACGGACUGCUGGAUGCUGGUGAAGGAGAAGAUGUCUGAGUCACCUUUGACCUUUCACAUCCCCACUCUGCUCCUGGACAACCUCAUAAAAGAGGAGAAGGCCAGGAUCAAGGAGCUGAAUGACCUCUGUGACCUUUCUCCUGACUGGGACGGACUGAGGAGUGACAUAAUCGCUCACUGCAGACAGCUGAUUGGCUGGUACGAGGCGACAGUGUCAGAGCUCAGCAGGAUGAGAGCCUCCUCUUGUUUUAAGUCCUCUCAGAGGAAGGCCGACAGACAUCUGCAGUUUGUUCCUACUAACCUCCACCUGCAGAGGAUGGAGGUGAUCCACGAUCAAAACAAUACAGGUGAGUGUUAUGAUGUCAUCACGGUCGGAGCUGCAGCCAAUCAUCACAUGUCCUUUAAACACGGCGGACUGAAAAGACUCAUCAGCAAACACACCGGCAGCAGUCCUCUGUCCUUCUCUCCAGGCGAGGCCUCCAGGGCCAGGGCCCUCCUGGCCAGCGUGGCCCAGCUACAGCCUCUGAUCUUCGGUUUGUCGGAGGAGGUGCUGGCCUCUUCCCUGGAGCUCAGUCCCACCAGGCUACAGCAGGCCCUGAACAGACUAGCCUACCAGACUGAACAGUUUGUGCACGCGCUCAAAGACGAGCUGGUUCGGAGCACCUUAUUGGCCAUCCACACGCUGAGCCUCGCCCCUUCCAGAGGCCACGCCCCCAUCCCCACUCGCAACGGGACGCUUGGCAACCACACGUCAGCCAAUCAGGAAGGACUUCCCGCUGUCGUCCCAGAGUAUGAUGAGGAGGACUGGGACAGGACGUGGGCCAACGUUGCUAUGAGUUUUAACUGUCUCACGGUGAUGAUGGACCGGCUUCUAGGCCGAGAGGAGCUCACACCGGAUCUGAUGUCUUCCCCACAACAGGAAGCAACCAGCAGCUAUGUCUCCAGCUACCCUGGCGGAAGUCGUCAGGACCAGCUGCUCCCCCUGGUGUUGACUCUGAGGGAGUGCGUGCGCGAGGCGUCCCAGAAGGCCAAGGCUGCGAUGAACGUAGUUCUCCUGCAGGAGGCGUUGGCCGCCUCCCACCACCACGCCCCUGCACUCACCCACAGGAGAGACGCUGUCUUCAGCCAGGCGCUAGGAGUGCUGGUGUGUGGGGUGGCGUUGAAGGUUUAUGAGAGCCUGGACAAGCCAGAGGUUCUCCUCCAGUUCCACACAGCAGGAGUCCUGGUGCAGUUUGAAGUCCUGCUGAGCACCUAUGGUGAGGAGGUCGGUAUGCUUGAGGACAUGGAGGUGGGGGUGUCUGAUCUGAGUGGAGUAGCAUUCUGCGUUACCACGGCAACAUCAGACCAUCCAGACCACCUCCUGCCAACCCUGAGAGGAACACGCGGUAGUCUUGUUGUGGAGCUGCGGUUGCCAGGGGAGACGUUCUGUUCAUUGCCACAGGAGCUGCAGGCAGGGGGUCUGAUCAGGGUCUGUCCGGUACUGUUCAACAUCGGAAUCAACCAGAACCAGAGUCUAGCAGAGAGGUUCGGGGACUGUUCUCUGCAGGACAGGAUAAAUCAGGAGAACUGUGAGCUUCUCAAAUCAUACUGUUCAACUUUCAGAGAUACUCCAUCAGGAGGAGCAGGGCAAGAUAUAGAGCAAUUGUUAUCCUCUCUCCAGAGUUCUAUUGGGAGUAAGAAGAGGAAGAACGUGGAGGUCCUGUGGUCAGCUGCAUCGGUAUGUCGUAGGGUCAAUGGUGUGCGUGUGACCAGCUGUAAGAGUGCUAAAGACCGGACGGCCAUGUCAGUCACACUGGAACAGUGUGUUCUCCUCCGAGACGAACACACCCUCCGACACACACACUUCAACACCGCCCUGGACACCAUGAGGAGAUCUCAUCUCUCCUGGGGUCAGAUGGUGGCUUGUUAUGCCCGUCCAUGCUGCUCCGUGCCCAGAGUAGGACCAUGGGUUGGGGCCCCUGUCCUGGGCCCACAGGCCCCUGGGUGCCACCUCUACCCGGUUAUCUUUCUGCUGGUCACCUCUCACCUACUGGUGUUCUGGCUUAUCAUCAGCCUCCUUGUCGCACUCGACUACCAGUAACACACACUUGAGACGAGUACCACACACCAGAAACACAUACGAGACCAGUAACACACUGGGUUACCAGUAACAUACACUGGAGACCACUAACACACAGGAGACCAGUUACACACACUGGACUACCAGUGUCACACACUGGAGACUAGUUACACACAAUGAAGACCAGUAACGCAUACUGGACUACCAGUAACACAAACUGUAUCACACGUGUGUGUGUGUGUGUGUGUGUGUGUGUGUGUGUGUGUGUGUGUGUGUGUGUGUGUGUGUGUGUGUGUGUGUGUGUGUGUGUGUGUGCGCGUGC